CUGGCGCUCCACAUCAGACGCUGCAAUGGGGGAGAUUCGCUGAACCUCGUGCGUGCAAGUCCGAUCAUAUAAAUAAAUCUCCAUGACUUGUUCAUGCAUUGAAAACCAAAACAUCGCGUACGUUGAUCAUGCAUCAUCAAGAAAUACUCGGCUGUGUUGAUUUUGUCUCACGGAUCAGGCAUUUCUGUUUCUAGACUGCUUUUCUCUGCGCAGACUGUGCCGUAACUCGAUCUCCCCGUGUUUCAGCUCGCCUGUGGUUGGUAGGGUCCUCCUUGGCAGUUACACAUGUGUGCUUGUCACUUUCAGCCCCUUCGCUUGGGAUUUUCGGUUUUCCCUGCACUGUCCUCUGUCCACGGACGUCGACCAAGGCAAGCGUCUGCCCCCAAAUUGCUUGUCAACAUCACUGUCAUAUUCGCUCGGUGUAAGAGUGAAUGGGACUAUCGUCUCUGUCUGUCUCUCUUUCUCUCUAGCUGGAGUCGGAGCGAUAUUGAGGGAGAAUUGUUUUGCAGUUCGUCUCUUUCAUUAAGAAACAGCGAAUCAAUUCCCCAGAAGUUAACACAUCAUUUGGCGAAGUUUUACCACCGUCUCGGGACCAUAGGAUGCUAAGCGGUGCUUCAGCAGACAGUGCUGAGUGUGGCUGUGGAUGUCCCAGAGCAGAGAGCUAGGGGGGUAGAAGGACGGACACAGGGGGAUUCUGCCUCACCUGUGGACCUGCCCUUGGAGGUCAGGAGAGGAGACUCAGGUAGACAAGGCUAAAGCAGAGGAGCGGGCACUGAGGUGGGGGGGCGGAGCCACCGUGAGGGAAUUGUGCGCAGCAGUUGGCCGAGGGGCCGGCCCAGCGUGCGAAGGGUGGGUGUGGAGUGGUGUGGAGUGGGAGUGGAGUGGAGUGGAGUGGCGUGGAGCCGAGCAGAGCAGAGCAGAGCAGAUUAGUGGCCAGUGCGCGGCGGCAGGUCGAUGCAGCAUGCGCCCGGGAUGGAUGUGAAGGAACGCCGGCCGUACUGCUCGCUCACCAAGGGACGGCGCGAGAAGGAUCGGCGCUACACGGGCUCGACGGGCGGCGAGGCGGACGACUGCCGCGUGCCCACCCAGAAGUCCUACAGCUCCAGCGAGACGCUGAAGGCCUACGACCAGGACCCGUCCGCCCGCCUGCUCUACGGUGGACGGGUCAAGGAGAUGGUGCACAGGGAGUCGGAGGAAUACACGCGGCAAGGGCAGAACUUUAACCUGCGGCAGCUGGGCAUCUGUGAGCCGGCCACCCGCCGGGGCCUGGCCUUCUGUGCUGAGAUGGGCCUGCCGCACCGCGGCUACUCCGUGGGUGCCGGCUCUGACGUGGACACGGAGAACGAGGGCGUGAUGUCUCCCGAGCGCGCCAUGCGCCUGUGGGGCCGCGGCGUGAAGUCCGGCGGCCGCGGCUCGUGCCUCUCCAGCCGCUCCAACUCUGCGCUCACGCUCACCGACACGGAGCACGAGAACAAGUCAGACAGCGACAAUGGUUCUCCCAUGCCAUCCUCUCUAUCAAGUCCAUCAGUCACUGAGCAUUCACAUUCUCAACCACCAUCACCCAAUCUCCAUGACAACCAGAGUCCGCUGCUAAGUAAUGUCGCCACGGAGACGGUGCAUGACUCGGACUCUGAGGAGGAAUUCACAGCCACCCUGUACUUACCAGUAGCACAGCCUGGACAGGGCUCUGCAUGUAAUGAGCAACUGUCCAAUCAGCACCACCAGCACCAGGGCCAGUCCACGCUGCCGCCCGUCCCGCCCCCGCACAAGCAGCAGCCGUCCGUGACCGCGCUCAACCACAACUCCCUGACCCAACGUCGCAACGUGAGCCCGGCACCGCCGGCCGCACUGCCCGCCGAGCUGCAAACCACGCCUGAAUCCGUGCCGCUGCAGGACAGCUGGGUCCUGGGCAGCAAUGUGCCGCUGGAAAGCAGGCACUUCCUUUUUAAGACAGGCACCGGCACCACCCCCCUCUUCAGCACGGCCACGCCUGGCUACACCAUGGCGACAGGGGCGGUCUACUCGCCGCCCACCAGACCCCUGCCGAGGAACACGCUGUCGCGGAGCGCCUUCAAGUUCAAGAAGUCGUCCAAGUACUGCUCGUGGAGGUGCACCGCCCUGAGCGCCGUCGCCAUCUCCGUGCUGCUGUCCGUCCUGCUCUGCUACUGCAUAGCCAUGCAUCUGUUUGGGCUGAAUUGGCAGCUUCAGGAGACAGAGGGGUAUGCCUUCGAGAACGGCGGGGUGAAGUCGGACACCGCACCAACCAACGCCGUCACUGCACUGACAUCGCCUGAUGGUAAAAUGGGAGUAUUGAUACAAGAGAACAACACUAUAGACACAGGAGAGGUGGAUGUGGGCCGGCGGGCAAUGCAGGACGUUCCUCCCGGGAUGUUUUGGCGCUCCCAGGUGUUCAUUGACCAACCCCAGUAUCUAAAGUUCAACAUCUCUGUGCAACGUGAUGCCCUGAUCGGGGUCUACGGACGGAAAGGCCUUCCCCCAUCACACACACAGUACGAUUUUGUGGAGUUGCUGGACGGUAGCCUGCUCAUCACCAAAGAGAAGCGCAGCCUGAUGGAGAUCGAGGGUGUGCGACGGGCUCGCUCAAUAAAUGUGCACGAGGCUGGCUUCAUCCGUUACCUGGACACGGGCACCUGGCAUCUGGCCUUCUACAAUGACGGGAAGAACACCGAACUGGUCUCCUACAACACCAUCGUCAUAGAUUCAGUCACUGAGUGCCCUCACAAUUGCCAUGGAAACGGAGACUGUCGAUCUGGAACGUGCCAUUGUUUCCCAGGUUUCUUAGGACCUGAUUGCUCAAGAGCGUCCUGCCCUGUGCUGUGCAGUGGCAAUGGCCAAUAUUCCAGGGGGCGCUGUCUGUGCUACAGCGGUUGGAAGGGUACGGAAUGCGAUGUGCCUAGCAACCAAUGCAUUGACAUCCACUGUGGCGGCCACGGCAUCUGUAUCAUGGGCACCUGUGCCUGCAACACUGGCUACAAAGGAGACAACUGUGAUGAGGUCGACUGCCUGGAUCCAACCUGCUCGAGUCAUGGCCUGUGCAUCCAUGGGGAGUGCCACUGCAACCCAGGCUGGGGUGGCACCAGCUGUGAGAUCCUGAAGACCAUGUGCCCGGACCAGUGCUCGGGCCACGGCACCUACCAGGCCGAGAGCGCCACCUGUGCCUGCCACGCCAACUGGAGUGGGCCAGACUGCUCCAUUGAGGUGUGUCCCAUGGACUGCGGCUCCCAUGGCAUGUGUGCAGGGGGCAGCUGUCGGUGUGACGAGGGCUGGACGGGCUCGGUGUGCGAGGUGAAGGCCUGCCACCCGCGCUGCCUGGAGAACGGAGUGUGCAAGGACGGCAAGUGUGAGUGUAACCAGGGCUGGUCUGGCGAGCACUGCACACUCGAGGGCUGUCCCGGUCUGUGCAACAACAAUGGCCGCUGCACUCUGGAAAUGAACUUGUGGUUCUGCGUCUGCCAGCCUGGCUGGAGGGGAGCCGGCUGUGACGUAGCCAUGGAAACGCUCUGUGGGGACAACAAAGACAACGAAGGAGAUGGUUUGGCCGACUGUAUGGACCCAGAUUGCUGUUUACAGCCCUCGUGUCAGAGCCAGCCGUACUGCCAUGGUUCACCCAACCCCAGCAGUGUCAUCGGCAUGAGCCAAUCAGCACCCACGCAGCAGGCCGCCCAGUCCUUCUACCAGCGAAUCAGCUUCUUAGUUGGCACAGAGAGCACUCAUGUCAUCCUGGGAGAGAAUCCGUUUAAUAAGAGCCUGGCAUCCAUCAUCAGAGGACAGGUGCUGACAGCGGAUGGAACUCCCCUCAUUGGAGUCAAUGUGUCCUUCGUCCACUACCCAGAUCACGGAUACACCAUCACACGACAGGACGGCAUGUUUGACAUUCUGGCCAAUGGCGGCGCGUCGCUGACUCUGAGCUUUGAGCGGGCCCCCUUCCUGACCCAGUACCGGACCGUGUGGAUCCCCUGGAACGUCUUCUACGUGAUGGACACGCUGGUGAUGAAGAAGGAGGAGAACGACAUCCCCAGCUGUGACCUGAGCGGCUUCGUGCGGCCCAGCCCCCUCAUCGUGGCCACGCCCCUCUCCACCUUCUACAGGGCCACGCCUCAGGACGGGCCCAUCAUCCCCGAGACACAGGUGCUGCAGGAGGAGACCACCAUCCCGGGCAGCCACCUGAAGCUGAUGUACCUGAGCUCGCGGGCGGCCGGCUACAAGCCGGUGCUGAAGGUGACCAUGACCCAGGCCACGGUGCCCUUCAACCUCAUGAAGGUGCACCUGAUGGUGGCCGUGGUGGGGCGCCUCUUCCAGAAGUGGUUCCCGGCGCAGCCCAACCUGUCCUACACCUUCAUCUGGGACAAGACGGACGCCUACAACCAGAAGGUGUACGGGAUGUCCGAGGCCGUGGUGUCGGUGGGCUUUGAGUACGAGUCGUGUCUGGACCUGAUCCUGUGGGAGAAGAGGACGGCCAUCCUCCAGGGCUACGAGCUGGACGCAUCCAACAUGGGCGGCUGGACGCUCGACAAGCACCACGUGUUGGACGUGCAGAACGGUAUCCUGUACAAAGGCAACGGCGAGAACGUGUUCAUCUCCCAGCAGCCUCCAGUGAUUGGCACCAUCAUGGGCAACGGCAGGCGCCGCAGCAUCUCCUGCCCCAGCUGCAACGGCCAGGCGGACGGCAACAAGCUGCUGGCGCCCGUGGCCCUGGCGUGCGGCGCCGACGGAAGCCUGUUCGUGGGGGACUUCAACUACAUCCGCCGAAUCUUCCCCUCCGGAAAUGUGACCAGCGUCAUGGAACUCAGCAACAACCCAGCGCACAGGUACUACUUGGCGACGGACCCGGUGACGGGUCAGCUGUACGUGUCGGACACCAACUCCAGGAGGAUCUACCGGCCCAAGGUGCUGACGGGGACCAAGGAGCUGCUGCAGAAUGGGGAGGUGGUGGCUGGCACCGGGGAGCAGUGCCUACCCUUCGACGAGGCCCGCUGUGGGGACGGAGGCAAAGCCACCGAGGCCCUGCUACUGGGGCCCAAAGGUAUUGCGGUGGACAAGAAUGGCUACAUCUACUUUGUGGACGGCACCAUGAUCAGGAAGAUUGACCGCAAUGGCAUCAUCUCGACCUUGCUAGGGUCCAACGACCUGACCUCGGCACGACCCCUGACCUGUGACACCAGCAUGCAUAUCGGACAGGUGCGUCUGGAGUGGCCUACCGACCUGGCCAUUAACCCCAUGGACAACUCCAUCUACGUGCUGGACAACAACGUGGUGCUGCAGAUCACGGAGAACCGGCAGGUGCGCAUCGUGGCGGGCCGGCCUAUGCACUGCCAGGUCCCCGGGAUCGAGUACACCAUGGGCAAGCGAGCCGUGCAGACCACGCUGGAGGGAGCCACGGCCAUCGCGCUCUCCUACAACGGCGUGCUCUUCAUCUCGGAGACGGACGAGAAGAAGAUCCACCGCAUUCGCCAGGUGUCCACCGACGGCGAGAUCUCGCCGCUGGCCGGCGCGCCGUCCGACUGCGACUGCAAGAACGACGCCAACUGCGACUGCUACCAGACGGGCGAGGGCUACGCCAAGGACGCGCGGCUCAACUCGCCGUCCUCUCUGGUGGUGUCCCCCGACGGCACGCUCUACGUGGCCGACCUGGGAAACAUCCGCAUCCGGGCCAUCCGGCGCAACCGGCCUCCGGUGGGCUCGUCCGGGCUGUACGAGGUGGCGUCGCCGGCCGAGCAGGAGCUCUACGCGUUCGACGCCAACGGCACGCAGCAGUACACCAUGAGCCUGGUCACCGGCGACUUCAAGUACAACUUCAGCUACAGCAACGAGGACGACAUCACCGCGGUGACCGACAGCAGCGGCAACACGCUGCGCAUACGCCGGGACCCCAACGGCAUGCCCGUGCGGGUGGUCGCCCCCGACAACCAAGUCAUCUGGCUGACCAUUGGCACCAACGGCGGCCUCAAGACCCUCACAGCGCAGGGGCAGGAGCUCGUGCUCUUCACCUACCAUGGCAACAGCGGUCUCCUGGCAACCAAGAGCAUUCAGAUUGGCUGGAGCACAUUUUACGACUAUGACAGCGAGGGGCGCCUGACCAAUGUCACCUUCCCUACUGGCGUCAUCACCAGUCUCCAUGGCGACAUGAAGCCUGCGCUGACGGUGGACAUCGAGACGUCUGGCCGCGAGGAUGACGUCAGCAUCACCACCAACCUCUCCUCAAUAGACUCCUUUUAUACACUGGUGCAAGACCAACUGAGGAACAGUUACCAGGUGGGCUACGACAACUCCCUGCGCGUGAUCUACGCUAAUGGGAUGGACACGCACUACCAGACGGAGCCCCACAUCCUGGCAGGGGCCUCCAACCCCACGGUGGCUCGCAGGAACAUGACCCUACCCGGGGAGAGCGGCCAGAACCUGGUGGAGUGGCGCUUCCGCAAAGAGCAGAUGAGGGGGAAAGUCAUCGUCUUUGGACGAAAGCUGAGGGUGAAUGGAAGGAACCUGCUCUCGGUGGACUACGACCGGAACCUGCGGACGGAGAAGAUCUACGACGACCACCGCAAGUUCCUGCUGAAGAUUGUGUACGACGCGUCGGGCCACCCCAUGCUGUGGGUGCCCAGCAGCAAGCUGAUGUCCGUCAACCUCACCUACUCCAGCUCCGGCCAGGUGACCUGCAUCCAGCGCGGCCCCACCACGGAUCGGGUGGAGUACGACGGCCAAGGCCGCAUCGUCUCUCGCACGUUUGCCGACGGCAAGACGUGGAGCUACACUUACCUGGAUAAGUCCAUGGUCCUCCUGUUGCACAGCCAGCGCCAGUACAUCUUUGACUACGACAUGCAAGACCACCUGUCAGCCAUCACCAUGCCCAGCGUCGCUCGCCACACCAUGCAGACCAUCCGCUCGGUGGGCUACUACCGCAACAUCUACAACCCGCCCGAGAGCAACGCUUCCGUGACGGUGGACUACAGCGAGGACGGGCAGCUGUUGCGCGUGGCCCACCUGGGCACGGGCCGGCGCGUGCUGUACAAGUACCGGCGGCAGAACAAGCUGUCGGAGAUCUUGUACGACAGCACGCGCGUCAGCUUCACCUACGACGAGACGGCCGGCGUGCUGAAGACCGUCAACUUGCAGAGCGAAGGCUUCAUCUGCUCCAUACGCUACCGGCAGGUUGGCCCGCUGGUGGACCGGCAGAUCUUUCGCUUCAGCGAGGACGGCAUGGUCAACGCUCGUUUCGACUACACCUACGACAACAGUUUCCGAGUCACCAGCAUGCAGGGUGUCAUCAACGAGACACCCCUGCCCAUCGACCUCUACCAGUUCGACGACAUUUCGGGCAAAGUGGAGCAGUUUGGCAAAUUCGGGGUCAUUUACUACGACAUCAACCAGAUCAUCUCCACGGCAGUCAUGACCUACACCAAGCAUUUUGACGCACACGGACGCAUCAAGGAGAUCCAGUACGAGAUCUUCCGCUCGCUCCUGUACUGGAUCACUAUCCAGUACGACAACGUGGGCCGCGUCACCAAGCGUGAGAUUAAGAUCGGGCCUUUCGCCAACACCACCAAAUACGGCUAUGAGUACGACGUGGAUGGACAACUGCAGACUGUCUACCUGAACGAAAAGAUCAUGUGGCGCUACAACUACGACCUCAACGGCAAUCUGCACCUGCUCAACCCCGGCAACAGCGCCCGCCUCACGCCGCUGCGCUACGACCUGCGCGACCGCAUCACUCGUCUGGGCGACAUCCAGUAUCGCAUGGACGAGGACGGCUUCCUGCGCCAGCGCGGCACGGAGGUCUUUGAGUACAGCUCCAAGGGCCUUCUGGUGCGCGUGCACAGCAAGGCAGGCGGCUGGACCAUCCAGUACCGCUACGAUGGUCUCGGCCGUCGCCUGGCCUCGCGCAACAGCCUGGGUCAGCACCUGCAGUUCUUCUACGCCGAUCUCAACUACCCGACGCGCAUCACCCACGUCUACAACCACUCCAGCUCCGAGAUCACCUCGCUCUACUACGACUUGCAGGGCCACCUGUUCGCCAUGGAGAUCAGCAGCGGAGAGGAGUUCUACAUUGCCUGCGACAACACCGGAACGCCACUGGCCGUCUUCAGCAGCAACGGGCGCUUGCUCAAGCAAGUGCACUACACAGCCUUCGGGGAGAUCUACUUUGACUCCAACCCAGCCUUCCAGCUGGUCAUCGGCUUCCACGGCGGGCUCUACGAGCCCCUGACGCGGCUGCUGCACUUCGGCGAGAGGGACUACGACAUCCCGGCCGGACGAUGGACCACCCCGGACAUUGGCACCUGGAAAGAAGUGGGCAAGGAUCCCACCCCGUUCAACCAGUACAUGUUCCGCAACAACAACCCCAUCAGCAAGGUGCAUGAGGUCAAGGAGUACGUCACAGACGUCAACAUCUGGCUGGUGACAUUUGGGUUCCACCUCCAUAAUGUCAUCCCAGGCUUCCCCAUCCCAAAGUUCGACCUGACACAGCCCUCCCUGGAGAUGAUGAAGAGCCAGCUGUGGGACGACCUGCCGUCCAUCUCUGGGGUGCAGCAGGCUGUGACACACCAGUCCCAGGCCUUCCUGUCGUUCGAGCGAAUGCCCGAGAUCCAGUUCAGUCGACAGAAGAUGACCAGCGAGAGGCCGUGGCUGUGGUUCGCCAUGUCCAAGUCUCUGAUCGGCAAGGGCGUGAUGAUGGCCAUCAGCCAGGGCCGCGUCAUCACCAGCGCGCUGAACAUCGCCAACGAGGACUGCAUCAAGGUGGCGGCGGUGCUCAACCACGCCUACUACCUGGAGGACCUGCACUUCACGGUGGAGGGCCGCGACACGCACUACUUCAUCAAGACCACGCUGCCCGAGAACGACCUGGGCGCCCUGCGGCUCAACAGCGGCCGCAAGGCGCUGGACAACGGCGUCAACAUCACGGUCUCGCAGUCCACCACGGUGGUGAACGGACGCUCGCGCCGCUUCGCCGACGUGGAGCUGCAGUACGGCGCGCUGGCCCUGCACGUGCGCUACGGCAUGACACUGGACGAGGAGAAGGCGCGGGUGCUGGAGCAGGCGCGGCAGCGGGCGCUCGCCAACGCCUGGUCGCGCGAGCAGCAGCGGGUGCGCGAGGGCGAGGAGGGCGCCCGCCUGUGGACAGAGGGCGAGAAGCGCCAGCUGCUCAGCAAUGGCAAGGUGCAGGGCUACGACGGCUACUAUGUGCUGUCGGUAGAGCAGUACCCAGAACUGGCAGACAGUGCCAAUAACAUCCAGUUCCUGAGGCAGAGUGAGAUUGGGAAGAGGUAACAUGACCGCAACGCCCAGCCCAGCUCCACAACAACAAACAACAGUCUGUUGGGAGUUCGAACCCCUCCCCGUUGCCUCUCACACAUUCAUCGGCCAUGGAGCCUUCUGAGCUCUCCUCCACCCACCCUUCCCCGUCCGUGUCCAUGUAUAAAGAACACACGACCACAUCCAACAACACACACGCAAACACACACAGAUACAGAUACAUAUACAAAAAUAUGUAUGGAGCCUCGCUGUUUUGAGAGACUAUAGGAGGCUUCAGGCUAGCGCCUCAUGUAGAGUUGUGUAAGUCUAACGCAGUUACCAUGUAGAUAACGUCUUGAUUUUAAAGCAGUACAAUUACAGCAGCAUGGCCUGGGUCGGAACAGUCCGGACGACCUGCUCACGGUCCAUGUUUGGCAACACUUCACAACGGGGAAGUGACUAUGGACUCUCAGAAACUCUCACUUUGUAAAAGUCGGAAAACAGACAAAAAAACUAUUUUCUUCUUUUCUUUCCUUGUUUUUUUUUUGCUAUCGACCUUAGAGGUGACCUGCUUCAAACACAACAAAAUGAGAAAAACAAACAUUGGAUGAUUCAAAGUGUUUACAUACAGUACAGUGCGGUAUCCCACUGCAUCUCUCUGGACUGAGAAUGCACUGACCAUGUUCAUACAGUAGCCCACUCCUUGGCAUGCCCUGACCGGCUGACAUGAUGCAAAUGAACACUUGAGGACAAAUAAAAAAGGCAAAUAAACUAGACUUGUUGGCGGGCAGGGCAGGUCAGUGCUGGGUAUGUACAGCUAUGCGCUACAGAAGGGAAGCCAUGGUGUCCUUUGUGGAUAAAUAAAGGCACUCCUCUGAGGAUGUUGACACUCUCACAUGACUGUGCUGGGGGGCCCCUCGCUCCGACCCGGAGCACAGACAGGGUCAAGUCCACACGAGGCCGGGGGAGGAGACAUGGUACAGGCAACCGAUGAAAAUAAAAUAAAAGAGUGGCACCUGAUGAAAGAAUAAAAGAAUCAUAUCCAACUGAGCUUUUAACUGAGACAUGAGAAUAAUCUUUAUGGAUUUUUUUAAAGAGAAAGAAAGUAAAUCCACUUAUCCGUAUUUCAAUAUUAGUCUCAGAGAAAGUAAUUUAUGUACAGUGUUUCUACUUAAAAAAUAAAAAAAAAUAAAAAUAGAGAUUUCCUCUUGUCAUGCAUUACUGUUUAUACUUUAAAUAUUUUAUCCUGUUAGAAUUUAUGGUAAUGCUAUCCAAGAUAAGUAACAGACUGUACUUUGUCAUUCAUUUCUGCAUUCAGGCUGAAAGGUUAAAUUUUCUUUUCCUUUCUGUAUCUUGCUUUCUUAUCUUUCCUGAAACUUUGUUUGGCACUUACUGUUUUUUGGAAAUUGUCCAUAAAGUCGUUUCAAGCUC